ACUUUGGCUGCAGGCUGUGCACGUCUCCGCCGUUAGCCAACACACACCAAACCAUCCUUGCCUGUCAAGCACCAAGUGAGCUUGCAAAAGAGAUAAUCAUGCCGUCCGCCCGAACGUACAUCAAGGCCUUCUCAGCAGGUGCAGUCCUCUGCGUAGGCGGGCCAGCACUCGUCUGGUAUGUCACGCCCACAGAGGAAGAAAUCUUCAAGAGGUACAAUCCAGAACUGCAAAAGAAGGCUCUGGCAGGACGAGAGCAAAGACAGAAGGAAUUCGAUGCGUUCGUCGGCCAGUUGAAGGAGGCUGCAAGGUCGGAUAAGCCUAUCUGGACUGCACAGAAGGAAAUGGAUGCAAAAAGGUCAGAGGCGGAGCAGAAAGCCCGCAGAGACGAGCGUGAUGCCUAUGCUGCCGAAAGCAGGAGAAGACAGGCAGAGAUCAGGGCAAGCGCAGAGUGAUCAAGCAAGCCCAUUUGAUGUGAUUCCCUUUUUUUGCCUUUGUAUUUUUACAUGUAUCACGAUCUGAAGCCGCUUCUUAAAUCCGGACUCAAAUUAUCCACCCUCAGCCCUGGCAGCAAAUCAAGUAUGAUACGAUUGAAUUGGCUGCUAUAUGGCCUUUGUUCUCGAAGUUGCCAAGAAUUGCCUCUGA